ACGGCGCGGCGGUGGCGCUCCGGGAGGGCGGGUGGAAGCCACGGACAAAGAGGCUCUCACCUCCCCAUCCCGGCUCCACGAAGGACCUCCCCGGGCCCGCGGUCGCCCCGCGGUGUGCGCCCUGCUCUCGCCGAGGGCACCUGCGGUGGCUCAGCCCCGGCGUGUGCGGCUCAAAUCCUCUUUGCUGCGGCGCUGGGGGAGACGCUGGGAGCCGAAGCCAGGCCGGCAGCUGCCAGCGGCGGCUCCGUCCCUGCCUCGGCUCCGCACGGCGAUGCUCCGGCGCGGGCGCCGGGAUAAGGCAGCCUGAGUCCGGCUACCGGCACCGGAGCUGCUGGCUUCAGCCCUUUCCAGCCGCUGCCGAGCCCCGGCGCAGCCCUCGGAGCCUCGCUGCGGCUCAUCCGCGGCCGCGGUCGGCAUUCUGCUGUGCCGAGGGUCCCGGGGCCCCUCCGCCGUGCCACAGGCCGCGGGCGCUGCCGCCCCGGGAGGAGCCCGGUGCCCGGCGGCUCUCGGGGCGAGAGGCCCCAGGCGGGGGAAGAGCUGCCCGGAGCUUUGUCCGUCCUGCGCAGGGUCCCUGCCCCGCCAAGAUGGAGGACCGGAGGAAGAAGCGGAGCCCUAAGGCCUGCCUGGCUCAGCCAGCACCCCCCGGGGCGCCGCGGCCGCUGCCCCCCAGCAAGAGCACCUCCUUCGCGCUGCCGCUGCCCACCCUGCCCUCGCCCCGGCAGCGCGCCCGGCUCCGGCGGACCAGCAAGGAGCGGGUGCGAGCGGCGGGCGCGGCGCGGGGAGCGCCGCUGCAGCACAGCUUCCUCACCGACGUGUCCGACGUCUGCGAGAUGGAGGGGGGGCUGCUCAGCCUGCUCAGCGACUUCCACUCGGGCAAGCUGCAGGCCUUCGGGAAGGAGUGCUCCUUCGAGCAGCUGGAGCAUGUGCGGGAGAUGCAGGAGAAGCUGGCACGGCUCCACUUCGGCCUCGAUGUCUGCGUGGAGGAGCUCCCCGAGGAGCAGAAGAAAGUGGCGGCUGACAGGAACCUGGACCAGCUGCUGGCACACCUGGAGGAGCUCAGCAGCUCCAUACAGAAGCUGCACCUGGCCGAGAGCCCUGACCCCGAGGACGCGGCCGCCUGACCCCGCGCCCAGCCCUGGCUGGGGGGGUGGUAGCGGCGGCCGCCACCGGGAUACGUCGCGGGAGCCCCACACCGGGGCCACCCCCCCGCGGAAAGGCCGCCGGACGCGACACACCUCACUCGAGACCGGGACGGAGCGGGGCCGGCUGCGCCCUGCACGGCCACCCCCGGCCCCGGCUGCGCCCUGCACGGCCGUUCCCGGCCCCGGCUGCGCCCUGCACGGUCCCCGCCCGGCGCCGGC